CAGCCACGACGUCUGAGCUCUGGAUCCAUCACUAGCGAUGCUGAGAGUGAGAGCACCGAACCCGACCCCCCUGUGGUGCGCCGAGGACGUCGUGCAGCCAUCUACGAAACUAAGAACUGUGGCGACGUGUCUCCGACCACCCUGUCACCAGAAGCCUCGCCGAGCAACUCCUGUGAUGAAGGGGAAGGAGCCAGUAACAUCGCUGAGAGAUUACGUAGGAGGCGCAGUUCUGUGGACUUAGCUAUGAACAUCUACCCUGGAGACUUGCUAGUUCAAGAGCACCACAAGAAGCUCAUCAAAAGAAACACAAUUGCAGAUUUCUACGCCGCUGCUAAGCAACCAAAUGGCUUUCCGUCACCGCCAGGUAAAGGAAGACAGUCGUUUUCUCUGCUUAAACUGAUGAAGACUAGAAGCAAAGAGUCUUUGACGAAAAUUGGAGACAUCUUAAAACGGUUGAAACCAUCGGAAUUCAAAGAUAACCACUUAGCUGCUUACAAGUCCCUACAUUGGUCAGACUUGAUUGCUAGCUCGGACAAGCAGUGCAACCAGACAGCCAGCAUCUCGGACACAGAAAGGAAGAGAAGAGAGGCCGUCUGGGAGCUGUUUAAGUCUGAAUGUGUGUUUCUCAUCGAUCAUCUCAUGGUGCUUAAACAUUGUUUCCUGGAGCCCCUGAAGAAAGUGCAGGUAGAAGGCAGCCUUAUGUACGCUGAGCCACAAGAUCUGUUUGGCAAUCUUGAUGAACUUUCUUAUGUCAGCUAUACAUUCUGUAAAGACUUUAUUUCUGCUUUGUUGAAAGAUAUGAGCAUAACAGACUUUGGCCGAACCAAUGUUUUACUGAAGGCAUUUCAGCGGUUUUCUGCACAUUCCAGAGAUGGAGCAGUGUACCAUUCCUACUGCCUUAAUUACACCAAUGCUUUAGCACACCUGGAAAAACUGAGGGCCAACACUGAAUUUGCAGAAUUUGAAAAG